AUGCGCAUAGACAUUCAAUGCUUACGUGGAUUGACCAUAUCUUUUUUCUUAAUUUAUCACUUAUUUCCACUGGUUUUUGUAAACGGAUACCUGGGAGUCGAUAUGUUCUUUGUUAUUAGCGGAUACCUAAUGGCUCGAACAUUAAACCACUCAAAAAUUCACAAUAUUUCUGAUAUUUUGAAUCGCAGAUUCAAAAGAAUUCUUCCGUUAUAUUACCUGUUUUGUGACGAGUUUUUCUUUCUAAAAACUGCACAAAACGUUUUGAACAAAAUUUUUAUACGAAAAAUGGAUUUCGAAAACAUCUCUCCAUUGAUUCGCACUUGUGACUAUCGUGGACAAUCUAGCUAUUGCUAUAUCCCUCUUUUCGUUGGCCAAAUUGUAUACGCACUUCCUUGCUCAAUGUUCUAUUUGUAUGUGAUUCUGAGAAUUAUGAAAUUCGGAUCGCAAAAUGUAUUUUCUGAUAUAUUUUUUAAACUGUACGCCUUGGAUGGAAUUGUGAGUCUUCUUGUGCUGGUCAUGGAUUUCGGUUUGACUCGUCCAUUGAUUUAUGUAAAUGCCAUGUGCCAUGUAUUUUGGAAAUUGUUCCCCCGUCCGACUUAUAUGCUGACCCCGUAUUUAUUCUUGUUCAAUUACUUUCAAUUUGCCAAAUUUUUUUCGAUAAUUUUGUUAUCCGCAAAUCGAUUCACAAGUGUGAUUUAUCCCAUGAGACAUAAAGCGUUUUGGAAGAAGUAUGUAAAGUUUGCUAUAAUGAUUUGUAUAUUAUCACCUAUUUGUUUCACUUGGCAUCUGGCAAUUGCCCCUGCUAGGUUUGACCCGUAUGUUGGUGAAGGAAUCAUAGGAUACGAGUCGUUGGUUCCAUUUAUUCAUACCCGACAUUUUAAGUUGUUUGUCAGUUCGAUAGCAUUUAUAUUCCUUCUACUGACCAAUAUAAAAAUGUACAAAUUUAUCAAAAAAUACCAAAGCUCUAUGAAAAGUUUUGAAAAAUCACUUGCACAGUCUACAGUAAUCAUGACUAGUGUUUUCAUUUUCUAUAUGAUCGUACAAACUAUUCUUAUCAUUUUUUCCACCACUUUUCUAGUUGAUCACUUAUUUUUCGGAGGCAUUUUGAAGAAAGUCGAGUGUUUUUGCAAUGAUUUAUUUUUGUUGAGAAAAACUAAAAAACUAAGAGAAAAACGGCUGAUGCCAUUCGAUUCAGCAUCCCAAAAAACCUAUGUGUCCCCUAAAUCAAGUACCAGUCAAGUUUAUUAG